AUGCAGCAACCUGUCAUGGAAAGUAAACUUAAAGCUUUCAGCAUUGGCAAGAUGGCUCCUGCAAAGAGGACACUAAGCAAGAAAGAACAGGAGGAGCUCAAGAAAAAGGAAGAUGAAAAGGCUGCUGCUGAGAUUUAUGAAGAGUUUUUAGCUGCUUUUGAAGGAAGUGAUGCCAGCAAAGUUAAAACAUUUGUGAGGGGAGGAAUUGUCAAUGCCACAAAAGAGGAACACGAGGCCGAUGAAAAGAAAGGCAAGCUGUAUAAACCAUCUUCGCGUUUCUCAGAGGCGAAACCACAGCCGCCACCUGUUGAGCGACCACCUCCUCCAGUAAUACCUAUGGAACCGAAGAAACCUCCUUUAAAGAAAGGCGAGAAAGAGAAAAAGAAAAGCAAUUUGGAGCUUUUCAAAGAAGAACUCAAACAGAUUCAAGAAGAGAGAGAUGAGCGACACAAAACAAAAGGCAGAACAAGCAGAUUUGAACCUCCACAAGUAGACGCCGAUGGACAGCGAAGGCCAAUGGAUCAACAGUCAAGAAGAAACAGAUCCUCUGGUGCUCUUGAUGACUAUGCUCCUGGGUCGCAUGAUGUGGGUGAUCCAAGUACAACUAAUCUUUAUCUUGGGAACAUCAACCCUCAGAUGAACGAGGAGAUGUUGUGUCAUGAAUUUGGAAAGUUUGGGCCAUUGGCUAGUGUUAAAAUCAUGUGGCCACGGACAGAUGAGGAGAGAGCACGGGAAAGGAACUGUGGCUUUGUUGCAUUUAUGAAUAGGCGUGAUGCAGAGAGAGCUUUGAAAAACUUGAAUGGAAAAAUGGUUAUGUCUUUUGAAAUGAAGCUGGGCUGGGGAAAAGCUGUGCCUAUCCCUCCACACCCAAUAUAUAUUCCCCCAUCUAUGAUGGAGCACACUCUACCACCUCCUCCAUCUGGUCUGCCUUUUAACGCCCAGCCGAGAGAGCGCCUCAAGAACCCUAAUGCUCCCUUGUUACCACCACCCAAAAAUAAGGAGGAGUUCGAGAAGACUCUGUCGCAAGCCAUAGUCAAAGUGGUUAUCCCAACAGAAAGGAAUUUACUUGCUCUGAUCCAUCGCAUGAUCGAAUUUGUGGUGCGUGAAGGGCCAAUGUUUGAAGCUAUGAUCAUGAACCGAGAAAUCAACAAUCCUAUGUUCAGAUUCUUGUUUGAAAACCAGACGCCUGCCCACGUGUAUUACCGAUGGAAGCUUUACUCAAUACUACAGGGAGAUUCUCCUAUAAAAUGGAGGACAGAAGAUUUUCGAAUGUUUAAAAACGGUUCUUUCUGGAGACCACCACCGUUAAAUCCUUAUCUGCAUGGAAUGACAGAGGAACAGGAACCUGAGCCUUUUGUUGAGGAGCCCAUCAAAAAGGGAUCCCUUAAAGAAGAACAAAGAGACAAAUUAGAGGAGGUGUUACGAGGAUUAACGCCACGGAAGAAUGACAUUGGUGACGCCAUGAUGUUCUGUCUUAACCAUGCUGAAGCAGCAGAAGAAAUUGUAGACUGCAUAGCAGAAUCUUUGUCUAUCUUGAAAACCCCCCUCCCUAAAAAGAUUGCCAGACUCUAUCUGGUGUCCGAUGUCUUGUAUAACUCAUCUGCUAAAGUUGCCAAUGCAUCAUACUACAGAAAAUUCUUUGAAAGUAAAUUAUGCCAAAUCUUUGCUGAUCUGAACGCUGCCUACAGAGCCAUACAAGGACAUUUGCAGUCAGAAAAUUUUAAGCAACGUGUUAUGGCCUGCUUCCGGGCCUGGGAAGACUGGGCUAUUUAUCCUGAACCCUUUUUAAUCAAGCUGCAGAAUAUUUUCCUUGGUCUUGUAAAUAUUGAUGAGAAGGAUACUGAGGAGGUGAUAGAUGAUUUGGAUGGUGCUCCAAUUGAGGAAGAAUUAGAUGGGGCUCCUUUGGAAGAUAUGGAUGGAAUCCCCCUUGAUGGCGCUCCACUUGACGACUUGGAUGGUGUGCCUAUAAAAUCUCUUGAUGAUGAUCUGGAUGGCGUUCCACUGGACAUUUCUGAAGAUUCUAAAAAGAAUGAGCCAAUUUUUAAAGUAGCGCCAUCUAAGUGGGAGGCUGUAGAUGAAGCAGAGCUGGAGUCACAAGCUGUCACCACAUCCAAGUGGGAAAUGUUUGACCAGCAUGAAGAGUCUGAUGAGGAAGAAAAUCAAAUUCAAGAGGAGGAAAGUGACGAUGAAGAGGAUACACAGAGCUCUAAAUCAGAGGACCAACAUUACUACUCCAACCCAAUUAGAGAUGAUAUGUCUGAUUCUAAAUCAUUUAAAUAUUCUGAAAUGAGUGAAGAAAAACGUGCCAAACUUAGAGAAAUUGAGUUAAAAGUAAUGAAGUUUCAAGAUGAAAUUGAAUCUGGGAAAAGGCCGAAAAAGUCAGGGCAGCAGAGCAUUCAGGAACAAGUUGAACACUAUCGGGACAAGCUUCUACAAAGGGAAAGAGAAAAAGAGAUGGAGAGGGAAAGAGACCGAGAUAAGAAAGAUAAAGAGAAGUUUGAAUAUCGGAUAAAAGACAAAAAAGAAAAAGACGAGUCCACUCCAACAAGAAAAGAGAGGUCAGUAUAUGAAGCUUUUUGUUUUUUCUAG